GUCGCAUUCCACCAAACGAAACACCAUUCACUCGAGCUCCCCCAUAUGAGCGAUCCUAAGGCUAGCACUAUACUUACAGCUUAUCUUACUUCCCAUAUAUUUAACUAGCUAAAACAUCCACCCAAAAUCCCUAUUAAGAGGAACCGAUUUACCAACUAUCCGAUUGAUUCCCUCCGUUUCCCACCCGCACUCACGCAGUAAGGGGGGAAAGGAGAACCAGGCCCCAGAGCCGAGACAACAUACCUAUAAAAAGCGCCAUCACAAGACGACCACGAAAGGGACCUCGGGAGCUUCCCGAAACCAAAAUGGCCAACCUCCCCUCCCAACACCCGCACCUAUCCCUACACCUCUCCGACCGGGCCCUAACCCCCCUCAUAACCUCCGCACGCACGCAAUACCAACUCGAAGCCCUAACCUCGCUCUCCCACGGCGCCCUCAGCGCGCACGAAUCCGCGCUACGCCUCGGUCUCGGCACCCCUCAACGCAUCAUAGUCGAGCACGCGAACGCCGGCCCCGUAAUCCUGCAAUCCUUCCUGCGCGCCGACAUCCGGCCCUCCUCCUCCGCAACCACAGCCCACGCUCCCCCGAGCACCUUCCCUCAACCCCCCAGCGCCGCCGCUCCAAACGGCCUCGAUCCAAUCCCCCCCUCCUCCCCCAGCACCCCCCUCUCCCCAACCGCCAGCCCAACCGACACCAUCGAGCGACGUCUAGCACAGCUGCAACUCCAAAGCAACAGCAGCGUGAUCGUCGACGACCCCGCGCUCGAAGCCGAGGACGCGAACGCGCCGCCGACGCUAGUGGGGGUAGUGAUAUCGCCGUCAGCCGACGAAGCGCGAGACGCGCGGCGGGCGGCGGCGCGGCUGGAGCGGGUAGGGCGGGAGAUACAGGCGCGGUGGGCCGAGGCGCAGGUGGAGUCCGAUGAGGAUGAAGACGAGGGCGGAGGUGGAGGUUCGGGUUCCGGGGCCGGGGCGGCGGGGGAUGCUGGGGAUUGAGCUGGGAGGAUGGGUGGGUGUAGGGAUACGUAUCUACCUACCUAGGUAGGUAGGUAUACAGGUGUCAAAAGUAAGAACAUACCACCACACCGGAAUCUAAAGACGGAAAAAAACGGCUUCCCUAUGAAGUACUUGCUCCCCGGUACCUGCAUAGUCUGGGGACUUGUGGGGUGGUGGUGGAAAGGGAUUGGGUUCAGGGGUAGUAAUAUUUGGGCUACGCUACAAUUCAAGAUCCCAGGGGUUUGGUUGCUCUUUAUAUUCCGGGGCUUUUAUAUCCAUAGUCAUGCUUUAGGCACAGAACUAUGACCAUGGUUUCGCGGAGUUGGCAUGGCGAAACACUUAUAUCUACGCCCUUGCUAGGUAAUCGACUUGCUUCGCGCUUCAAAAUAGAGCUAGUACAAUACCCAUUUUAGACAUGAAGGAUUCAUAUUCAAUUGAAGAUUUACGAUUUUGUUUAAAAUUUCA